UUGUAGUUAUCAUAAACGUGUAUCGUGUUCCGGCUGGACCUCAGUUAUUUGUCACAACAUGAGCUUCAAGGACAAAGUAGUGUUGGUGACUGGUGCGAGCUCAGGAAUCGGCGCCGCCACUGCCAUUCUGUUUGCCAAGGAAGGGGCUGAUGUCGUCCUUGUAGGCAGAAACGAGACCAAACUGAAAAAAGUUACCCAGGACUGCGCAACAUUUGGAAAGCAUCCAUUAGUUAUCAAGGCUGACGUAUCUGAUGACGACGAUAAUCGAAGAAUAAUAAACGAUACAAUUGCUAAAUUCAAUAAACUGGACGUGUUAGUCAACAACGCGGGCAUUUCAAGAAUGGGACCGAUCCUUGGUGGUCAAAUAACAGAACAGUACGAUGAAAUUAUGAAGACUAAUGUACGCUCUGUUGUGCGACUCACAAGCUUAGCUGCGCCAUAUUUGAUUAAAACUAAGGGGAACAUUGUCAAUGUCUCAAGCGUUGCUGGACGCGCAAUCUUUGAUCAAUCGGCAGCAUACUGUACCUCUAAAGCGGCAUUAACUCAUUUCUCACGAGCUUCGGCUUUAGAACUAGCGCGACAUGGAGUACGAGUGAACGUGGUCAGCCCUGGACCUGUCUAUACAGAUAUUCUUAUUAAUGCUGGUAUUCCUAUGACUUUUGACGACGUCAAUAUUAAAACAGCUUUAAACAGAAUAUCUAACCCUGAGGAGAUAGGAGAUAUCAUUUUGUUUUUAGCCAGUGAUAAAGCUAAAGGUAUAACUGGAUCUGAUUAUGUGAGCGAUAAUGGAUAUUUAACAUCAAAGUAAAAAUU